UGAACGGUAUGAUUUUAGUAGGUUUUUAUGCGCGGUUUGUUUCCUUCCAGAGCCUUUUUGAAAUUCUCGGAAAACAAAAAUGAAUACGGAAUUUCCUGUUUGAAAACAAAGAGUACAAGGCUGUAUGUAUUUCAUCUGCUGUGAGUACAGUUUCUCUUGCUGUACCAACUGCCUGACAGCAAGGACAUGUUUACGAUGGCUGUACGGUCUGUUACAUCAGUGUGACUCAGGCUUUGUGCACUGGCUUGUGUGAUUGAUGUGAUUGCUCGGAUGGGGUUAGAAAUGGAAGAUCGUUGCUGGGUCUCAAAGCUACAUCACCUUGACUGAUGACGAUCGCUGGCAUUUCUUGAUCGUUCUCGAUUGAUCUCAAUUUUGCACGACGAAUAGAUUUAUGGUUAUGGAGGAAAAUACUGAAGAGCCGAGGGAGGAGUGGACUUUGCUCUUUUGGACCACGUUUGCUGUUCUGGUUCCAGUGCUUAUUACGCUUUGGUGCAGCUUCCAGCGUCCUAAACGCAAAAUUCAGCUGAAAGAUCUGUUCCGAAAAAGCAAACACGGCUGGCACUACACGGACCUGUUCAACAAGCCCACCUACUGCUGCGUGUGCUGUCAGCCCAUCCUGCAAGGGGCUUUUUGUGACUGCUGUGGUAUAUGUUCGGAUGAGCAGUGCAUACAGAGAGCAGAUCGCAUUCUGUCAUGUAAGGAGAUCAUGACACAGAACCAGACAGAUGGAAAGUUUUGCCACCAGUGGGUCAAAGGAAAUGUGCCCCUCGCCAGCUACUGUGGCGUGUGCAAACAGCAAUGCGGGACUCAACCUAAACUCUGCGACUAUAGGUGUGUAUGGUGUCAAACUACAAUGCAUGAUGACUGCCUUUCCAGUCUGACUGAUGAUUUGUGUGAUCUUGGAGAGUUCCACUCUGUCAUCAUACCUCCAUGUUAUCUCUAUCAAGUCAACAAGCUACGCCGAAGACACCCUGAUGAGUACAGCAAGCUUGCUGCAGUCUGUGGGAGUGGCUGGACUCCAGUAUUGGUCUUGGCAAACACAAGAAGUGGCAACAACAUGGGGGAAAUUCUGCUGGGAGAAUUUCGAACCCUUCUGAACCCUGUGCAGGUGUUUGAUCUCUCUGAGCUGCCCCCCUCUAAAGCCCUACAGCUGUGUACCCUUCUGCCUCCUGGGAGUGUGCGUGUUCUGGUGUGUGGGGGAGAUGGCACAGUAGGGUGGGUUCUGGAUGCAAUUGAUACCAUGAAGCUGAAGGGCCAAGAUCAGUUUAUCCCUCUUGUAACCAUUUUGCCAUUGGGCACAGGCAAUGAUUUAUCAAACUCUUUGGGAUGGGGAGCAGGAUACGCUGGAGAGAUUCCAGUGGAACAAGUCCUCAGAAAUGUUCUAGAGGCUGAAGUAGUUAAGAUGGACAGGUGGAAGGUUCAAGUUGCUUCCAAAGGAAACUAUUUUCGUAAGCCAAAGGUAUUGUCCAUGAAUAAUUAUUUUUCAGUGGGUCCUGAUGCUCUCAUGGCACUAAACUUCCAUGUGCACAGAGAAAAAACACCCUCCUUUUUCUCCAGCCGAAUAAUCAAUAAGGUAGUGUACUUCCUCUAUGGGACCAAAGAUUGUCUAGUCCAAGAAUGUAAAGAUCUGGAUAAGAGGAUUGAGCUGGAGCUAGAUGGAGAGCAAGUGACUUUACCCAACCUGGAAGGAAUAAUCGUGUGUAACAUCGGCAACUGGGGUGGUGGCUGUAGACUCUGGGAAGGAAUGGGAGAUGAACCUUAUCCUCCUACCCGUGUUGAUGAUGGUUUAUUAGAGGUUGUCGGGGUGUAUGGCUCAUUCCACUGUGCACAAAUCCAGGUGAAACUGGCCAAUCCUGUGAGGCUGGGACAGGCACAUACAGUCCGGCUGGUAUUGAAGAGUUCUCGGAUGCCAAUGCAGGUGGAUGGAGAGCCGUGGGCUCAGGGUCCAUGCACUAUAACCAUUACUCAUAAGACCCAGGCCCUUAUGCUUUACCACAGUGCAGAACAAACAGAUGAUGAUGAUUCCAGUGCUUCAGAGGUUGAAGAUCACAUCGACACAUCCAACAAUGCACCGCAAACCGAGUCUCCGUAAGGCUGUAAUCACAGUUUUUUUCCACCCCAGAUAGUAGGAUGGACGACACCCUAAUGUGACAAGUGUCUGUAGAUAUACAUAAAGUGCACGUGCCGCUCUACUAAUAACAUCUGCAGUGAUUAUUAUUGAUGACAGUUUUAAGCCCAUUCGCUCUUAAGCAUAAAAGAGAUUAAAGAGUUCAGCCAAAAGUGAAAAAUUGCUGUUAUUUUAGUAGCUCUCUUUCCAUUCAAGAUAGCCAAAUAUAUGUAUAUAACCGUUUCUUUUUUAUGUCAGUAGAGCAUAGUAAAAACUUUCAGCUGAAUCCUUGAUUUUUGAUCAUUCACACUUUGAAAAAGUAAUAAAAAGGCAAAACGAAACCGUAUGUUACAUUAUUAUCUUUAAUCCAGUUUCUGCAAAUUGCACAUUCCCAUUAGGACGUAAUGAUUUUGUUUUUAUUUUAAAUCAGUUUUUAGGAAACUCCCGAAGUGUGGCAAUAAAUUACUUUUUGUGAAUCACCAAGGCACUGUGAUUUCAGCUAAAAGUCUUCUUUAAUGUUCUACUAAACAACGCAAAUUAACACAAGUUUGGGGGGAGAGUCAUCACUGUAUGCCCCCUCUAAAUGAGCUCCAGGAGUUCUUGAACUCUCCAUAUAAAAGACAUAGAUUUGUAUAUAUUGUUUGUCCUAGGGAUUAUUACCCCAAUGAUCUGCGGCUCAGUGGCUCAGGUAUUUGCCCUUUAUGAUACAAAAUCUUAAAUCUUAUUUAGCUGUAAGCAAAGCUCAGGCAAUCAUUGAAACAAUUCAAUGGAGAAUGUUACACAGAAAAAUGCUAAGAUAUGAAUGUUUUGCACUAAUGUUGAGUGCCAUAGGCUUGAGUGCAUACGACUCUCUGCAGAACGUUUGUAUUUGAGUUGUCUAAGUGAAGCUGUGCAAUAAUUUUAUUUCUAUGUUUUGUGAAAGAUAUUUGCACUGAGUAGAUUUUAGAUGGAUGUGCCAUUUAUAUUUUUUUAUCUCUAUUUCAUCGAAGUCAAAUCUUUCAGAGCACUGAUUAAUAUAUCAUUCAUUUAUUAUUUUCUUUUUCCUGAGUGUGAUGAUGUUUGCAUAUUUUGAUUAUUAGAGAUUUUGUUGUUUAGAUAUUGAAUCUCUUCCAUUCUGUAGUAAUUUGUUGUUAUAGUUUUUUUAAAUGUACUUUGAUAAAAUCACUUUAUUUUCCUUAAGCAUAACCAUCCUAAUCGGUUUUUUGAAUUUCCAAGGUUUUCUGUUUUCAGUGCAUCUGUAGUUUCCCCUUCUUUCAUCACCACCUAAUCCUUUGGUGUCUGAGGCCAGUUCAUCAUAUCAUUGAGUCUCAUUGAUGACUUACCAAUGAUUUGGACGGCUGUAUUUGACAUGAUCUCUUGAUAAACUGUCAGGACAAGAGUUAAUAUGUUUUGUCAUGAAGUCAUUUACUCAUUUAAUCAAAUCGAGAUUUAUAAAUCUCCUAUUGGUAUGUGGGAACACAUUUUUCACAUGACCCAACCUUGCUGUAAGUGAUAAAUCAUGGUUUUUCUAAUGUACUUUAUUGAAUGGCUUUCAAGAGACAAGACUGCAACACAAAGAAAAAUGUUUGUGUGUGUGUGUAUAUAUACAGUGUUGGGGGUAACACAUUACAAGUAACGUGAGUUACGUUAUAUUACUUUUCUAAAAAAUGAAGUAAUAAUGUUUGAGUUAUUUUUUUAAAUGUAACUGGAUUUACUUUUUAGAUGAAUUAAUUCGCUUUUAAAAAUAAUUUGCUAAAUUAAAAUGAGUGUAAUCAUGUUGAAUCAUAUUCAAUGAGAGAAUUAGCUCACCGUGGGAACACACAGAAACCAAGAUGGCAGAGCCUUACAUUUCUGUGACGGAAGUAUUCUCAUUUUGAACACAUAGAAGACAAGGGGUUUGUCUCAGUGGACAGUGAUUUUACUGAACUAAUAAUACUGAACUAAUUAUUAACUAGGUUAAUUAGAUUAAAUAGGCAGGUUAGGGUAAUUGGGCAAGUUAUUGUAUAAUGAUGGUUUGUUCUGUAGACUAUGGAAAAAUAUAUAGCUUAAAGGGGCUAAUAAUUUUGACGUUAAAAUGGCUUUUAAAAAAAUUAAAAACUAACAAAAACAAACAACAACAACAAAAUAAUCCAGCUUCUGCAAACCAAAUGCCUUAAUUGUUCAUCAACAGAAAAUUAAGCAGUUUGUUGGUUUGGCGUUUUCAAGUGUGUUGACACAAUAACUGUCCAACGUUCAAAGUUUACCUAUAAUUGUGUCAUGAAACGACAAUGAUCACAAGCACACCAGCAAAUCUCCCAAGAGAACAGCUGAAAGUUAAGUAAAAUAAUGGUGUUGCAAUAGUCUGGUUAAAGUCCAGACCUCAUCCUGACUGUCUGUGGAGAGAGCUGUGCAAAACAACUUCAAAACUCCUCAAGAAUUAAGACUGAUAAGCUCAUUUAGAAAUGAUUACUUCCAAGUAAUUCCAAAAGUGGAUCUAUACAAAUAUCUGAUUCAUAUGGCGAAUCAAGUUUGGCACCAGUGGCUUUUUCGAUCUUAACUUUAUUUUUGUUGAAUAAAUAAUGCCAUGGUGCGGGAUGUCAUGAUGUUGUUCAUCGGUUUUUAUUUUUUUAUUUUUAAGACCUUUCAAGUAUCAUAUAUACGUUGUAUUAUUAUUAUUAUUAUUAUGUCCUGAUAUGGAAAACCAUGAACUUCUUAAAAUUGUUUGUCAUCAGUUGAACAUUGAAACAUAGGCUGCUCUGUUUUAUCAUAAAAAGGUUUGGCAAUGUCUGAAAACAAAUGCUUGCUUACCUUGAGAUUUGUUUUUUGCUUUUUGAACUAAAGUGUUUAUAUUAUUUUGGGUUUCAGAACAUUGUACUAAAUUCACAAAUAAGUAUAAAUACUGAAGCAGAGUAUGUAAUGAAAACCCUUUCUUUAAAACUUUAAUAGCACUUUCCAAAAGCAUGUCUCGAAGUUUGUCAAAAGAACAUGAUUCUCAGUGGGAAUCUGCUGAUUUAUCAUUUUAAUAAUUUGGGAGCAUGUGGGUAAUGCAUUACAAAUAACACGAGUUACAUAAUAUAACUUUUCUAAGUAACAAGUAACUCAUUACUUUAAAAAAUAAGUAAUAUUUUGAGUUGCUUUUUUGUGCAAUUAAUUUGCUUUUAAAAAUAUAUACUGCUGAAUUAAAAUUUAAUGAGAGAAUGCACUCAGUGGGAACAGACAGAAAUGAAGAGGGUAGAGUGCACCAAAGAAAAAGAAAAAGUGGAACUUGUGAAUGGACAGUGAUUUUACUUAACUAAUUACACAGAAAAUAUAAAAGUAGCAAACAUGUUGCUUUAAAUUGUCAUUAAUCUGUAUAUAUACAGUUGAAGUCAGAAUUAUUAGCCCCUCUUUGAUUUUUUUUCUCCUUUUUAAAUAUUUCCCAAAUUAUGUUUAACAGAGCAAGGAAAUUUUCACAGUAUGUCUGAUAAUCCUUUUUGUUCAGAAGAAAGUCCUAUUUGUUUUAUUUCAACUAGAAUAAAAGCAAGUUUUAAUUUUUUUUUAAACCAUUUUUAUGGUCAAAAUUAUUAGCCCCUUUUGUUUUUGAUAGUCUACAGAAAUAAACUAUACAUAGUCAUUAUACAAUAACUUGCCUAGUUACCCUAUCCUGCCUAGUUAACCUUAUUAACCUAGUUAAGUCUUUAAAUGUCACUUUAAGCUGUAUAGAAUUGUCUUGAAAAAUAUCUAGUCAAAUGUUUAUAAAAUAAAUCAGUUAUUAGAAAUGACUUAUUAAAACUAUUAUGUUUAGAAAUGUGUUGAAAAAAUCUCUCAGUUAAACAGAAAUUAGGGGGAAAAACAAAACAGGGGUCUUAUAAUUCUGACUUCAACUGUAUAUAUGGCAUGUAUAGCUCUGGGCCCAGGAAGUUCCCUAAAGAUAAAACUAUGCUGUAUUAUUAUUUUUUGAUGUGUUUUUAUAAAGAUAAAGGUUAUAGUGUAUUGUUAAUAAAAAAAACCUGCUAGAAAAAAAAAUGUGAUCAAGCCUCAGCCAGCUAAGAAAUGGUAACUCAAAAGUAACGUAACACAUUACUUUCCAUAAUAAAUUAACUAAGUAACACAACUAGGUUUUUUUGCAGAGUAACUCAAUAUUGUAAUGCAUUACUUUUAAAGUAACUUUCCGCACCACUGUUUGGGAGUGUUACAAAAAUUGCUAAGGGUAGAAGAUUGUAAUAUUUCUUUAUAUGUUGUACGGUCAACACCCAUGGCUGCUUGUUUUAAAAAAUGUGUUGAACUAAUAGUGUAAACAUCCCAUGCUGCUCCAGAAGAUGUAUUUCAUUUGUAACUGCCUUCUUUGUAUAUGUGCACAAAAAUGUACCUGUAUACAUUUAAAAUCAGUUCUGAAUCGAAGUCCAAAUUGGAGAUUAUUCUGAUUGAAUUUUGAUUAUAAAGAAUUCCUUGUUCAAA